AUGCAAAAGACCAUCCUGCUCCUGGACGGCAGUGAGGCGGUGAACAGCUCCGAGGACUACCUCCCCACACGACUACUUGCACUGCGGCCUCAACUCAAUGCUUUCGUCCAUGCAUACCUCGACGCCAAUCCCCUCGCUUCCCUCGGUGUGGUGGCGAUGCGGGAUGGUGUGGCGUACUGCCUUAACCCGUGCACCACUAAUGCUUCCGAGAUAAUUCAGGCGUUGGAAGUGAAGUAUUUUCUCUUUGGUGGCUCGGGGGCUAUGUCGUUGGAAAAUGGACUGCGACUGUCCUUGUCAGAGCUUGUGGACCUGAGGCGUAUUGCGAAGCGCGCGCGACAGGAGGGCGUCAAUGGUGCUACUAAUAAAGAGGCAAGGGAGGAAUCCACGACCAGACUACGCAUUCUUCUUGUCUCCUCUUCUGUCACACUCAUUGAUCCACAUGAUGUGUUUGCUGUUGUAAAGAUGGUGGCCCGACUUCAUGUGCGUGUAGAUGUCAUCUCGUUUUGUGGCGCCGUCCAUGUCUUUGAGGAAACGGCGGCGGCCACCGGUGGGGUAUUGUACACCCCCAUGAACUAUGACCAUUUGACUGAAGUCUUGCGGCGUCUUGCUGCCCCUGGGAAGGUGAGUGGUGUUGGUUCUGAGGGAAUGAGGUCAAUGAUUCAAGUUGGAUUCCCUGUGUACGUUGAGCAAGACGGUGAGGGUGGAGGAGAGGGGCCGCGGUAUAUUGCAUGCCCUCAGUGCGCGCUGAUGCAGACGUCUAUUCCCUCCACCUGUCCCCUCUGCAAGUUGCUUCUCUGCAGUGCGCCGCUUAUACAUACAACCUUUAUCGCGCAUAAUGAGCUGUGUGCCCCCUCGGAAAAGUGCGAAGACUCUUUAGAGAGGGUAAAAGAGAAGGAAGGAGAGUGCGCAUCUGAUGGUUAUUGUUCGCUUUGUUGUGUGAGAGGAAUGAACGGUGAUGGUGAAGGUAUGUGGCGGUGUAGCUUUUGCCGCUCUGAACGCUGUGGCUCGUGCGAGUCGUACGUUCGAGAUUGUAUAGGCAUUUGUCCAACGUGUAUAGCCUCACCAUUGUGA